GUUUGAGUUGACAGUGACCUUUUAUUGGUUUGACAAGUGUCAUCUGCCAUGAAAAGUAAACAAUGUUGAUGUUGAGCAAAAAUGAUUAAAAACUUAAAAAAUAUUUAUAUAAAUGUAAUGUGAAUCAAAAUGUUGUAGGUAAUUGAAGAUAAGAUGUCAUUCUUUUAUUUAUCACCAGUAAAAGGUGACCUACCUUUUCAUUUAUUAGAAGUUAUUCUUUUAAAUAGAGUUGAACAUUUGAAAACUAUUUUGGAUGAUAAACCCAUUAUAUACAACGAAUAUGUUGUAGAGGGUAGCAUAUACGAUAAUGUAGGACACUUUACAUUGUGCGUGAUAUUGAUUUUAUGCGAAGACAGGGACUUUACUGAAUAUAUUUUAAAAUCCGAAUUGAAGUUGUUCGAACGUCGCUUAACUUCAUUGUCUGCAUAUGAACUAAGAUCGUUUGCUAAAAAAAUACUUAGAAGUAUUAAAAAGCAAGACAAAGUACCGAAACGUAUUGAAUCCCUUCAAAUACUGUGUCAACAUUUAAUGCUCAAGGAUGUGGCUCAACAUAUUUGUUCUGCACAUAACAGUGAAUGCACUGUUCACAGUAUACACUUGAACUUCACACAAUGCCUUCGCCUUGUAGCUAGAAGGCAAGUUGAAAUCGCAAAUGGAGUUGCAACUAUCCCUUGUGGAAGAUGGAUACAAUAUUUGAUAAUGCUUUUUAGAGAAAACUUGGUGAACAGAAUAAACAAUACUAAUGUAGCACCACUCAAGAGUGAUACUAGAAUUAUGGAACUACUACAUAAAAUAAAGAAAGACUAUAGUUUAUCUAAAGUUAGACCUAAUGUAUUAUUGAGUAAGGAUGUGGACUCUGCAUCCCAGUUUUUCCCUCCAUGCAUGCUAAACCUUCACCAAAAUCUGAGAAAAAAGCAUAGACUAUCCCAUACACAGAGGUUUCAUUACAGUUUAUUUUUAAAAGAUGUUGGAAUGCCAAUAGAAGAAUCUGUAGAGUUCUGGAGAGCGGAAUACAGGCUACAUCCAAAUGGACAACACAGUUGUUGUCAUAACUGGGAAAAAGAUGAAAAAAAAUAUGUCUAUGGUAUCAGACACAUGUAUGGCUUAGAAGGAUCCCGGAGAAACUAUCCCUCAGUCAACUGCAGCACUAUUCAAAGCAUAGAUAAUUCCUGCUCUGAAGGAGGUUGUCCUUUCAAAUCGUUUGACUACCAAAAAAUGGUUCCACUUUUAAAAAAUUGCUCUGAGCCAGUGUUGUCACAAAUUGUUGAAUUAAAAAAGAAAGGGCUGUAUACAAAUGCUUGCAUGUUUUUUAUGCAAAAUUCUUAUUCUAAGUCAGACAGUUGUGAUAGUUGUAGCUUUAAUUUUACUCCUGUUAAAUAUUAUACUGUAGCAUCUAAAAGAAAUGAAGUUAAAUUGUGAUGAAUUAGAAAUAACUUUAUUUUGCCUUUCUAUUGUGAGAGAUGGCUAAAGUCACUGCUAGGACUAUAAAAAAAAUAUAUUUUUAUAACUUAUAAAAACAAUGAAUUUGAAAUUUUAUAUGACAAUAUAUUACAAUACUAUUUGCGGCUAUCAUGAAUAUAUUAUUUGCAAGGUCUGUAACAACAGAAGUACUAUUAUUACACAAUGUAUAAGACUUACGACUGAUAAAUAAAAAUAUUUUAAUGUCACAUGUAAUCUGACACACAAUAAAUUCGCUUUAAUGACCUCACAAGAUGA